AUGGCAGGAGAGGCAGGGAUGCUGGAGCUGCCCCUCACCCGCGAUGACCAGCUCACCCGCUGCAUGAGGCUGCGCUUCCAGAGCCUGCAGGAGAAAAACACCAGGCCCCAGGAUGGGGAGAAGCUGCUCCAUCCCAACGAGCACGUCUACCGGGUGGAUUUCACCCGGCAGCGCGACCUGCGUUUCCUCCGCUGGAACAUCCACCUGGAGAGACCUGGGAAGGUCACGGUGACCGGUACCUCCCAGCACUGGACUCCUGAUCUCACCAACCUUAUGAACCGGCAGCUGCUGGAGCCAGCGGGUAUCUUCUGGAAGCAGCCAGGGGCCAAGGAGGUGGGAUGCAACGAGGCAGACGCCCAGGAGUUCGGGGAGCGGGUAGCGGAGUCAGCCCAGAUCCGCAAGGUGAUGUAUUUCCUCUUGGCUUUCGCUGACGGCCUGGAACCAGCUCACCUGAGGGCCUCUGUCGUUUUUAAAGCCUGA